AUGAUCUCUGAUCGCGACUACCACAAGAUCUACGACAAAGUCUUGUUGAGACGACACAGCUGUCUCGGACAACUUGAUCAAUUUGGUGGCCCAGACUGUAUUCGACCAUGUCGAAUGCUUUUUCCCCAAAACAACAAAGACCUUGACAACUAUCCCACCGUAACGAUCAAAGGCAAGGGCGACAAAGAAGACACCAUAUCGGAGGAGGACUGUAUGAAGCGAUUCAAAGUCCACUUUUACUGGUUCCAUGCCAAAAUUGUGGCACGCUACGUCAAUCACAACCUUGUCCCAGACUUCAUGCACCCAUUCAACAACCCCAAUUAUCACUGCUUCCGAGGCGAAAGCACUUCAAUCGCCGUCGAUCUCAUGGACGGUAGAACAUCCUUUGGGCACCAUUCAGAGAUAGCGCUCAAUCCUCUGCUGUCCGGGAAAGAAGGCAAUAUCCUACAUCUACAGAUCACCGCCGAUUUGAGAAAAAGGUCAAACAAGAAAGAGUACACCUAG